CCUGCUGUUCGUUUUAUUUUGCCAUUGCAUAAUGAUUUCCUUCUCAAGCGCUAGCAUGUUCUAGGUGCUCAUAUGUCCUGGCAUUCCGCUGGUGCUCACUAUUGCAUAUUGAAAAGCUUAGAAUCCCCAAUUGAAGCAAAACAAGUAUUUUGACUCAGAUGCACAUGACCUUUGAAAAGAGCUCUUCGUUGUGGUCCUGUACCCCUAACCGUCAUGCGCGAUUUCUUUGGGUGUUACUUGCUGGUCAGCAAGUCCCCGCAAGGCAAGGGGAGGACUUACAUCGGGUUCACAGUUAACCCUCGUCGUCGCAUUCGCCAACACAAUGGCCUGAUCACAGCUGGAGCCUGGAAGACGUCAAAAUGGCGGCCCUGGGAGAUGACGCUAGUGCUGUACGGCUUUCCAACCAAGAUCCAGGCGCUGCAGUUCGAAUGGGCCUGGCAGCACCCGCAGAGGAGCGUCAUCGUGCGCCCCAUUGCCCAAGCACUGGGGUCCAAGAAGCUCACCGGAGUGCGCGGAAAGAUCCUGCUGAUGCUCAGCAUGCUGCACGAGUCCCCCUGGCGCCACUUCCCGCUCACCCUGCAAUACCUGCAGCCGGAAUACGCGGCCAUGAGAACGUGGCUAGUGCGCCCGCACACGUCCGCGUGUUCACCGCCCCCAUGGAGGACCUCCCUCGCGCCCUGAACGACAUGGAUGAGGACUGCAGCGAGGGCGACGGCGGCGGGGAGGAGGGGAACGAGGAGCAGCGCAUCGGCGGCACGCAGCAGGCGGGGCGGGGUGGCGGCGGCGGCAGCAAGGGGCAGCAUCGCCAGGGUGCGGCUGGCGAGGACGGUGCCGAGGAUGGCGGCGGCGGCGACAGCGAUGGCAGCGGCGGCGGUGGUACCAGCAGUGCUGGCGGCGAGGGCAGUGAUGACGAGCCGGUGGAGAUUGACGGGUGUCAGGAGAAGCGCCUGCCGGCUGCCAAGGCCGCCGCUCAAGCCGCAUGCGGGUCACACCAGCCCGCCGCUGCUGGCACGGCCGCUGCCGCCGCCGCACGUCAGCGUUGUCACAUCUGCCAGGUCGCUAUCCAACGACACAUCCUGGUCUGCAGCACCUGCGGCGUGUACUUCCACCUGGACUGCCUGGCAGCCAAGUGGUGCAGCGCAGAGGCUGCCAGCGGCGGCGGCCAGGAGCGGCAGCGCUUCGGGGGCGUGCCGGAGCAGGGGCACUGCCCUGCAUGCGGGACGUUGCAUGGCUGGAUGACGAUGCUGCAGGGCAUGCAGACGGUGGGCUGGGGUAACAAGCCGAGAGGGAGACGCGGGUGAGAGCACAUGAGGGGUUAAGGGUUGUUGGGGUGAAGGCAAACCGGGCUUGGGUAAGGGCAGAGGGAUGUAAAGGGUACCGUACGUAAAUUCUGGAUGAGGAUAGGGGAUGGGGAUUGGUUUCGUGUUCAGAUGCCCGCAGGCGGCA